GUGAAGGGCAAAAAGACAGAAGAAGAAAUGAUGAUGAUCGGAGAAACCACUCGUUCCAAUCCAACGGUUCUGGUCCCUCCGUGGGACCACCUCAUGGAUGAUCCAAUGGCCAGUAUCAACUCGGCCUACUCCGUUACGCCUAACGGCAAUGCCAUCAGUCCCGGAGGUGAGACAAACAACUACUGUCCCUUCGACGCCUUUACGGCUCUCCAACGUUACUUGCCGUCAAACAUGAACAACAGCAACGGCGUUGUUGGCGCUGAGUCUGAAUUCGGGAGUGAUGACUUGGAUGUUCCGGUGGACGCGUUCUCAUGCGAUAACUUCCGGAUGUUCGAGUUCAAGGUUCGAAAGUGUCCACGUGGUAGGUCACAUGACUGGACGGAGUGUCCUUACGCUCAUCCCGGCGAGAAGGCUCGCCGGAGGGACCCACGUAAGUAUCACUAUUCCGGCACUGCAUGUCCAGAGUUUCGAAAGGGUCAGUGUAAGAAGGGUGAGUCGUGUGAGUUCGCACACGGCGUGUUCGAGUGCUGGCUACACCCGGCUCGCUAUCGUACGCAGCCUUGCAAGGAUGGAACCCACUGUCGCCGCCGAGUCUGUUUCUUCGCUCACACGCCAGACCAGCUCCGUGUUCUGCCUCAGACUAGUCAAAAGAACUAUGCUGAAUCUUAUGAUGGGUCUCCAAGACGACUCGGUAUUGACUCGUACGAUGGCUCGCCGAGUCGAAUAGACUCGUUUUUUUGCAAUGGAUCGUUUGGGUCGUCUUCGGUUUCGACUCUGUACUCUCCACCUGUUUCUCCGCCGUCGGAUUCGCCGCCAAUGUCUCCUUGUGCUGGUUCCCUGGGAAUGAACUCGGUGGGUGGACUCACUGAGUCAAUGCGUAGUCUGCAGAUUGGGAAGGUGAGGAUGAGUCCAACUUCUUGGGGCAUCCAAAGGGGUUCUGGGAUCUGUUCGCCCCGUAGUCCUUCCACGCUCCGACCGGGAUUCCUGAGUCUACCCUCCACACCAACUCUACCACCAACUCACUCUGGAAUCGGUGUGUUUGAUCUUUGGGAUAAAACAUGUCAAGAAGAGCCUGUAAUGGAGAGGGUGGAGUCUGGGAAGGACCUCCGCGCGAAGAUAUAUGCAAAACUCAGCAAGGACAACGCACUGGACCGAGUUGACUCGGCAGGUCCUGGUCCUGAUGUAGGGUGGGUCUCAGAACUCGUGAAAUGAUUAUCCGGGACCGGGAUCCAUGUUCCUCAGCUUUGUUUCAAUUUUUUUGUGACGACUGGUAAAUUGGGUCGGUGGCGUUUGAUUUUUCCUCCGACUUUGUUAAUAUUUUUACUAAAGAUUUACCAUGUAUAUUAUAUAUUAUAUAGUAGAUCGGAUGGCAGAGAUUAAGCAUUAAUCUCUAUUUUGUGGUGUUUUUUUUUUCUAAUUAUCAUUUUGAAGAUGGAGGAGGAGGAGGAGGAGGAGGAGGAGACGAAAGUUGGAAAUUGUGUUGAUAGACCAGAUGGAUUUGUC